AUGGGGAAGUGUUCUCGCGAUAAGCGAGAUAUAUUCUAUCGUUUAGCUAAAGAACAAGGUUGGAGAGCUAGAAGUGCCUAUAAGCUUUUACAAAUUGAUGACGAAUUUAAUAUUCUAUCGAAAGACCAUAAUGGAAAUAAUCUAACUCGUGUUGUGGACCUUUGCGCAGCUCCUGGAAGUUGGUCGCAAGUUCUUUCCAAGCGAAUUUGGGAACCUCGUUCAGAAGUGGAUCGGCAGGACGUUAAAAUCGUUGCUGUUGAUUUACAAGCAAUGGCGCUAAUUCCUGGCGUUAUACAACUUCAAGGAGAUAUCACAAGUCGAGAAACGGCUGAUCGUAUAAUCCAACAAUUUGAAGGGAAAAAGGCCCAACUUGUUGUUUGCGAUGGUGCUCCUGAUGUUACCGGUCUUCAUGAUUUGGAUGAAUAUGUUCAGUCUCACCUGGUUCUCGCUGCACUUACAAUCUGCGCCCGAAUUCUUGAAAAUGGUGGUACUUUCGUUGCCAAGGUAUUUCGGGGACGGGAGGCUGGUUUAUUGGGUGCCCAGUUGAGAUGUCUUUUCGCAGGAGACGUUGUCUUUGCUAAGCCAAGUUCCAGUCGAAACUCCAGUCUUGAAUCAUUCGUAGUUUGCAGGAACUUUCGGGGAGAUUCUAUUCUUCCCCCUUCCUUGGUCAGUACUGCAACUGUGGGAAAUGCAUCUAAUGAUAAUUCAGUGGAUUCGCUUAUGGGAUGGCUGAAUGAUUUGGAGCAGCUUAAUCGGGAACAACGAAUCAUCUUGCCUUUUGUGGCAUGCGGUGAUCUCUCCGGUUAUGAUGCGGAUUCCUGCUAUGAGCUUGGAGAUGACUACACACCUCAUGAACCAGUUCAACCACCUAUUUCAGCAGCCUAUUUGGACGUCUGUCGAAAAGCCCGUACUGCUGCUGCUGCUGGUGGUGCUAAUGUUACAUCCUCGACAGUACCUGAGGAACCGAGUCAUCAAACUGAGGAAGAGAAUCAGACCCUCUCUAGGCUUAUGGAACUUACUCAGAUCAGUAAACCUGUAUAA